AUGCAUCGGAAUAGAGGAUCAGCUCUGAAAGUCAUCUCUUUGUUGGCUGGCCUGGGUGUGAUAGUGUUCCUGCUGGACCAAACGUUGACCCCACCUCCGUCGUCGCGGUCGGUAUCCACGGAUGGUACUAAUAGAACCGUCAAUUUGGCCGGUCUUGUGGCUACCAUUGACUUCUUGCAGAACGAGCUUGUCCUCAAGCAAAAGGCAUUGGAUAAGGCCACCAAAGAGCUGGAAAACAUGAGAGGCAAAUCCAAAACACAAUCCAACAAACAGGUGGCAGUGGCGGAUACCCCUGAGGAAGACUCGGAGGAUGACGACGGAGAAAUUCGCACUCUAUACUUUGUACACUACCAAAAAGUUGGAUCCAGUUUGCUGACUUUGCUGAGGAAUCGGAUUCCUUCUUGUACCCUGAAGGAUUGGACCUGCUUUGGUACCCACGGGGGAGGUGUCGAUGCCUUUAUGGCAAAGGAUGGCAAAGACCACUUUCCUUUCACUGUCAAAUCCAUGAACUUGACUCAUUUGACGAGGAACGAACGGAUAGAGUUGGAAAACUGCAAUGGCAAGUUCCACAACUGCCAAGAAAGAGUCUUCCAUUGCAGCUACAAGAAAUGCAAGCAUUACAAGAACAAGGUCACCAUGUUCCGAAACCCCCACAAAUGGUUCAACUCCUACCUUGAUUUUGUCUGGCUUUAUUUUGCAGCCCAAAAGAAACCUCUCAUGCGAAUGUAUGGCAAUCGCUCGCUGGGCAUUUACACACCCAAACAACAACAAAUAGACUUCACCACCGGAACAAAGAAUGUCACCAGGGCUAUGGAAGUCCUCAGAGAUGACUAUGUUUUCUGGGGCAUUACCGAUCACUGGAGUACCACCGUUUGUUUGUUUCACUGUGAGCUGGGAGGAGAAACUAGGCCGAGUGAGCUUGCUAAUACACGAAGUUUGGACAAACACCCCUUCAAGACAGCGGAGGACAUUCCCAAAAACAUAACUCGACCAGACCAAGUCUUGAAAAAUAGAACCGACUGGGUUGAAAAACAUCUCAAGAAUGAUUUGGAUUUGUUCCACAAUCAUCUCAUGCCCCAAUUCAAGGCAAGGGCCAAACGAUGCAAAUGCAAGCUUUGA